GUAAUACGCAGCAUGACUUGAUUUUCCUCGGCGAUUUCAAUGUUCAACGAUUAACGAUGCCAGUACCAUCAGACAAAAUAGCGUCUUAUCUCUUUCAAUCUCGUAUCGAGGGCCCAGUAUGGCUCGAGGCGGAGGAAAUUGCCCUGUUGCGCGCUCGACGAUCUGAAGCGGAGUCUGAGGCAGCGAGCCUCAGCGAUCACAGUGGCGCGCUGAAGGAUGCAUACGAGAAAUCGUUGCGUCGAGAAGAUGCCAAGCUAUCCGAAAUCGCUUUGAUCCAGAACAUUCUCUCUCCUAUCCGUCGACUACCGCUGGAAAUUCUAUCCCAAAUUUUCGAGCAUGUAUGCCUUCCUAAAUAUCACGAACGGCCAGACGAAGAUGUUAUCAACACCACAUUUGCUCUUUGUCAAGUGUGUAUAGCGUGGAGAAUGGCUGCUUACACAACUCCGGCCAUCUGGUCUAAGAUAUGCAUCGAACUGGACAGAAAGCCAGAAACGUUCUCUGGAGAUGUAACCUGGGUCAAAGAAUGGCUCACUCGAAGUAGAGGUCUACCUUUGGAUAUAUAUCUAUUCUUAAUAGAUGUAUGGCAUGUAGUCACAGAAGAUGUGAAAGACAGAGUAAAUGAAUGCUUGGACUUCAUUCUCAGUUUCCGUAGUCAAAUUCGGACCCUCGCUUUAUCGGGAUAUCCGCCGUUCUUCAUUCCACUCUUCCGCGUUCCGCGCGCCUCGAUGCCUCUCCUGGAGAGUGUAUCAAUCAGAGUUACCGACUAUCAUCAUGAUGAUUCUGUCGAAAAUUUGAUACAGCAACAUCCUUUCGUUGAAGUCCUACUAGGAGCACCGAGACUGCAGACACUCAAGAUCCAGGAGUCCGGAUGUCAAAUGUCGAUCGUGCAGGGACUGGCACUACCUGUGGAACAACUGACUUCACUGGAGAUCGGGGCGGACAAAAAAUCGGCCUUUGAUCCAAUCGCCUACUUGAAUAUGUUGCGUCACUGUACAAACCUUCGCAGUCUCAAAAUUGGAUUUCCAAAACGUACGACUCGACAUCUCUCUCUUUUUGGGUCCCACAAUAGCUUUCCCCUUUUUCUCCCCUCCCUCAAGUCCCUCGAUAUUCUCAAUGGGUAUUAUGGCGGGGAGUUUCUAAGUUGCUUCUCUGUACCUCUUCUCAAAGAUUUGACUCUCCGUAUGUUCGGCCAGGCAAAUAUGUUAGACCUUCCUACCGCAUUAUCUGGUCUUCAGAGCCGCUCCAUGACUGUAUUGUCAUCUCUAGCACUUCAGGUCAUCCUGAAUGUGGAUACGGCCCCUGUGUCCCAGAAUUUGGUGGCUAUCCUCGCCAUGUUCCCCACACUCGAUGAAUUCCGGCUCUCUACUACUUCCAUCGUUAGCAGAUUUGACCUAGGCCCUAUUCUUCAAGCUCUUACUUUUGUUAAAGGGCGUCCUGUUCUUCUUCCAAAGCUUACAGUUAUCGAUCUGGAGCUUACAGCCAUCAGGAUGGACCGUACUACAGACGAAUAUCCUUCGGAUCUGACCUCUUUGGUUCUCUCUCGGUGGUGGCCAGAUAAUUCUGAGUUGCAGGUUCACAAUGGUAACCACGAGGAAACCUCUGAACACCCAGGCAUGUCCAAAUUACGACAAGUGAUUUUGCGUGGGAUCUGUUACAAGGGAGCAGAUAUAGCUCCCAUAUCAGCACUCAGUGGACUGAAGUUGACACUCGAAGAAUGUCUUAGGCUGAAAUAA